AUGUCCUCGAAAGAGCUUGAAAAGGAAACUUAUGAGGUGAACGUCCAAGCAGAGUCCGAUGCUGUCUCCACAGAAUCCCCUAUUGAUAAUUUACAUCAUGUCAAAUCGGUGGAGUUGGAAGUUGAUCACGCAGUUGGUGCAGAUCUUUUCCAAGAAGUAUUGGAACAGGAACUCAAAUACGACGACAAGGAAUACGCUAAAAUCAGAAGAAAGAUUGACAAGUGGCUAUUACCAGUGCUAUGUAUAACAUACCUACUGCAAUUUUUGGACAAACUUUCCUUAAAUUAUGCAUCCGCUUAUUCGAUGAAUGCUGAUCUGAAGCUGAAGGGUAAUGAUUAUGGUGACAUCGCUGCAAUUUUCAACGUUGGUUAUCUAAUCGGCUCUAUUCCAGGUAACUGGUUGAUUCAAAAGUUCCCUGUGGCCAAGUUCACUGGGGUCUCCUUGAUAAUUUGGGCAAUUAUAUUAAUAUGUCACCUUGGCGCCAAGAGUUAUUCGGGAAUGAUGGCAAUUAGGUUCUUUUUAGGUGUAAUGGAGGCAUCUAUCUCUCCUUCUAAUAUGAUGAUGUGUUCAAUGUUCUACAAUAAAAGAGAACAACCUUUCAGAAUGUGUACGUUCUUGUCAAUGAAUGGUGUCGCAACAAUGGUUGGAUCAUUACUUGCAUAUGGUCUUGGUCAUGCAACAAGUGUUUCUUUAAAGCCAUGGAAGUUGAUCUUUUUAGUUUUCGGGGUAUUGAAUUUGGUAUGGUCCGCAUUUUUCUUAUAUCUGGCACCAGAUUCCCCAGCAACAGCAAGAUUCUUAACGCAUGAGGAAAGAUUAAAGGUCAUUGACCACGUCUCCAAAAACCAAAUGGGUAUUAAAGACACAAAAUUCAAGCCUGUUCAAUUCAAAGAAGCUAUGAUUGACCCCAACAACUGGAUCAUGGCAUUGAUUGGGCUGGCCUGUGGCGUCAUAAAUGGUGCUGUCACCAACUUUAUAUCAUCCUUGAUCAAGGGUUUUGGUUUUUCUGGUCUUAAUGCUACUCUUUUGCAACUUCCAACUGGGGCCAUUGAACUUGUUGUGGUGUUCUCUGUUGGUAUGGUAGCACUAUUUACUCAAAAGAACGUUCGUGUCAUUUUGUUGUUCUUAACAUGUAUUCCAACUCUUGCAGCGUUGAUCGGAAUCAAACUAAUCCCAUUAUCCCAUAAAUGGAGCUUGGUUGGUUGUUGUUGGUUGUUGUACAUUGUUGGAGGGCCUGUCAUUAUGUGUUGGGUCUUGAUGAACGUUACGAUCGCCGGUUCGUCGAAAAUUGUCUCGGCAAAAAUGAUGUGGUUUAUUUUCUACACUGGAGGGAAUAUCGGUGGCUCUAAGAUCAUGUAUGCCAAAGAGGCUCCAAGGUACAAUUCUGGUAUGAAGGGAUUAAUUGUUUGUUAUUGUGGUGUUAUGUUCCUCUGUAUCGUUUACUACGCAAUGAUGUACUACAGAAAUAAAAAGAGAGAUGAAAAGUACGGUGUACCAACAGAAGAAGACCAGAGAAAAGGUGUUAUAAAUGGUUUCAUGGACUACACUGAUUUCGAAAACAAGUAUUUCAGGUACGUAUACUGA